AUGAACAACCGCUGGUUUACGUCUACUCUGAAUAUUCAGCUCGCGUCGUUGGAGUUCUGCAGGGCGAGCAGAAGCAUCCCGACCAUCGCCCUUCAUGUUGAUAGUCGUAUCCCUCGUAGCCUGUGGGAUGGUCGCAAAUCACAGACGCCGUCGAGCACGCGCGGCUUGGAGAUUCGCUGCUGGAAGGCACGCCCAUUGAGUCGCGUGCCGCUCAUACGUGCUUCGCGGUUGAACUGGGGGCUCUCGAUGGAGACUUUGCUGCAGAGUACCGCCGUCGAGCUGUGGACAGGGUUGAAGAGUUUGCACCUGUGUGGAGACGUGUCUGACGCCAGCCCAGCGUCGAUGGUUCAGCCUCAAAGGCUCGAGCAGCUGGAGGGUAAUAAGGACGCGAGGGACUCUGUGGAAGCGGUACCGUGGCCCGCCUUCCUACAGAAGCUAUCGUUUGGGUUCCCCUUCAACCGACCCAUCGCUGGAGUUCAAUGGCCGAACUCCCUCCGGAGCCUAUCGUUUGGGUACAGUUUCAACCAGCCCAUGGACGACAUUUCAUGGCCGACCUCCCUGCACCAGCUGUCGGUAGGAGAUAGAUUCAACCAACCCAUCGCCAGGGUCAGGUGGCCGGCCACCCUGCUACAGGUAUCGUUUGGAAAAUCGUUCGACAAGCUCAUCGACAACACUGUAUUGCCGACAUCCCUGCAGCAGCUGUCGGUAGGGGAUAGCUUCAACCAACCCAUCGCCAGGGUCAGGUGGCCGGCUUCCCUGCGACAUGUAUCGUUUGGGAAAUGCUUCAACAAGCUUGUCGAAGACGUCGAAUGGCCGACCUCCCUGCGCCAGUUGUCGUUCGGAGAUAGCUUCAACCAAUCCAUCGCCAGGGUCAGGUUCAACCGAACCAUCGUCGAUGUAAUGUGGACGUUUUCGCCACAGCACCUAUCGUUUGGGCACCGGUUCAACCAGCCAAUUGUUGGAGUCACGUGGCCGCUCUCCCUGCAGCAGCCGUACUUUGACUUCUGUUUCGACCAACCAGUAAUCGGAGUUUCGUGGCCGCCCUCUUUGCAGGAGUUGUUGUUUUGGGGGAGCUACGACAUCCACAUUGACAUCACGGGAGUCACAUGGCCGGCUUCUCUGAAGCGACUGUAUGUCAAUGGUCGUAUGAUCGUCUUUGGUGGAGCGGGUGACUCGUGCGGGGAUUAG